GAGCCCUAUCGGCACCCGUAAGAGAGCCUAGGCGGCGACGGUGCUGCCACGUCCGCUGCGGCGGCGGCAGAAGAAUUCGUGAGACCUCUGGGCGGCUGCGGGUAACCAUGGCCUUUACCCUAUACUCGCUGUUGCAGGCGGCCUUGCUGUGCGUGAACGCCAUCGCCGUACUGCACGAAGAGCGCUUCCUCAAGAACAUUGGCUGGGGAACAGACCAGGGAAUUGGUGGAUUCGGAGAGGAGCCAGGAAUUAAAUCUCAGCUAAUGAACCUUGUUCGAUCUGUAAGAACUGUGAUGAGAGUGCCAUUGAUAAUAGUAAACUCAAUUACUAUUGUAUUGCUCUUACUAUUUGGGUGAACAUCAGUGGAAGAAACAGAGUCUUAUAAGAAGAGAUGCCAGCAGAAGUUACUGCCUUGGUCAUUAUUGAAAUAUUCAGCUCUUAGCAGGCCAACCUUGCACUUGAAAAAAUGUAAAGUUGUCAAUAAAACUAGAGUUUUUAUUUGACCGAUUUAUUUUUAAUGUUGCAUUUGUAGUUUCAUUACAAAAAGAUAA